GAAACACAGGCCAUGAAACUACGAACAGCAUGCGGACGGUACAUGUUUUACGAUAAUGGAAGGAUAGGAUAUCAAAUAUUGUAUUAUUCUCCAAUUAAUAAUUUUGUUUACAACAAAAAAAAGUAAAGUUCAGGACUACGGGCGGUCGAGUAUCGGAAUAGAUUCGAAAGGUUGUUGACGACACUAUUAAUCAGUAAGGAUAGACGAAAUUGAAGCUUAUUCAGCUCUGAGUUAUCUCAUUCAACGGAAGAAAAUUGAUGCUGGGAUUUUACUUCAUCAACUUCAGAAAAAAAUGUUUGGAUGGCCUUUGAUGUAUAUAAGUGUCCUUAUAUUUAUAACAGCACCAUGUGGUUUAUACGCAGUACCAGUAAAACAUAUUGAAUCGGAAUUAAUCGAUAAAUUGAUGUCGAACUACACCCGGACAACAGUAAGACCAGUCAUUCUUUACAAAGAUGCGGUGAAUGUAAAACUAAGAAUGAUUCUAACACAAGUCAUCGAACUCAAUGAACGAAUUCAGAAGAUGACCAUAAGCUCAUGGUACCGAUUGACUUGGACAGAUGAAUAUCUAACGUGGAAUCCAGGGGAAUACAAUAACAUCACGAGUGUUAUGAUAGAUAAACAUUAUGUAUGGUGUCCUGACAUAACCCUAUAUAACAGCAUUGAUGAUGAAUUUGAGCACAUUAAAGACUCGCUGAAACUAAUUGUUUCGUAUGACGGCAGUGUAGUUUUUUCAUCGCCGGCAAUAUUCCACACAUUUUGCAAAAUCAACGUCCGAUUGUUCCCGCUUGAUGUUCAACACUGUGAACUAGUCUUCGGAACGUGGAUGUACGACAGAGCGCAAGAGGACCUUUACCCGGACACAUCUCCUCAGUCCGUUCAAACAGAAUACCAUGAAAAUGGAAUAUGGAAGCUAGUUAAAGUCGUCACCGAGAGGGAAGAAAGAAAAUACAAUUGUUGUCCUGAAACAUAUGCAUUUGUUAAAUAUACUGUGAUAAUUAAACGGCGCGAACGAUUCUUCGUCGAAAUAAUACUACUUCCGUGCUCCUUACUUUCGUUCUUGACGAUGUUUGUGUUUCUUCUUCCUCCAGAAAGUGGAGAGAAAACUUCCUUUGGAGUGACAACCUUACUUGCAAUCUUACUAUUUCAGCAACUUAUAGCACAAACACUACCACCAUCGGCAGACAGCACACCAAUCAUUCAAUCGUAUUUUACAUCACUCAUGUGUAUGAGUAGCUGCAGCGUCGUUGCCACGGCAUUCGUCAUGAACAUCUACAACCGAAGACAACCCAGCCGAGUCCCGCCUUGGCUACGUUCGCUGCUGCUAAGCAAAGUAGGUCGAACAAUCGGUAGAAACCACCAGAAGACCGGCUACUUCAAAAGUGUGCUCACCCCGUCUGAAGCUAAGAUUAAUGAAGGCGGAAUUUAUCUAAAUCGGACAAAAAACAAACAUGAACUGACAGAAAGUACUGAUAGGGAAACAGGACGUCCUUCAAGCUUAAUACAGCAAAAGAUUGGCUGCAGAGAAUUAUCGAAAAUAUUGGAGGAGCUUCGAGAGAUAAAAAAAGAUAGAGAAACAAGCAAAAUAAAAGAAAAAUAUGAAAACGAGUGGCGGGAAGUUGCCGUGCUAAUAGACAGAAUUCUUCUGUUUAUAACAUUGAUUAUAGCAUUAACGGCUUUUCUUACUGUCAUUGGCUUGAUUACAACUCAUCCAUACGUAGCCGCUUACGACAGUUACAUGUAAACUUUAUUUUUAUCUUUGUUUUCAAUAAGCUGAUUACAGCAGCAAAAUUUUCCCCAGGGAGCUAAGUAUGUGUUCCAUUAGGCCUAUGUGUUUAACCCAGUGGUCGGGGUGUGCAACAAAAUUUAUUAUACAAUGGACAAAGAUAAAUGAAUGUAAUAUGUCUAUAUAACGUUAUAUUUACUAACAUAUAAACAUACACAGGCCUAUAUAAUGUUAUAGUUAUUGCUACAAUGUUUCUGACAUGUAUGUCGCAUACAGGUUCUUUAUGCAUUGUGACGAGGAAUAAAAAAUGAAAGUAACCAGAAUAUUCAAUGCCGUGCAAUACAAAAUGACAGUCCAGAAGGAAAACAUCCAGCAUGUCAAAAAAUGAUGUGGUCUCUACUUUCUCUUGCGCCCUCAGCGAUUGACUAGGCCU